UGACGUCAAGAACGCGCGCGGCGUGGCGCUUUCGGCGUGCGCAGCGGCGCCUGGGCGUUUUGGUUGUGUCUGCUGAGGGGAGGUAGAGGCGUAGUGUGUGCACUUGGCCGGGAUGUUCCCGGCUGUGGGUGUUGUGGGCGAGGAAGAGGAACUGGCGGAAGAGGACUGUCCUGAAUUGGUCCCCAUUGAGACGAAGCUGAGAGAGGAGGAGGAGAAGGCUGGUCCCGACGCUAAAAUCCCAGUCACAAUUAUCACCGGGUAUUUAGGUGCUGGGAAGACAACACUUCUGAACUAUAUUUUGACAGAGCAACAUAGUAAAAGAGUAGCAGUUAUUUUAAACGAAUUUGGGGAAGGAAGUGCAGUGGAGAAAUCCUUAGCUGUCAGCCAAGGUGGAGAGCUCUAUGAAGAAUGGCUGGAACUUAGAAACGGUUGCCUCUGCUGUUCAGUAAAGGACAAUGGCCUUAGAGCUAUUGAGAAUUUGAUGGAGAAGAAGGGGAAAUUUGAUUACAUACUAUUAGAGACAACUGGGUUAGCAGAUCCUGGUGCUGUAGCUUCUAUGUUUUGGGUUGAUGCUGAAUUAGGGGUUGAUAUUUAUCUUGAUGGUAUCAUAACUGUUGUGGAUUCAAAAUAUGGAUUAAAACAUUUAGAAGAAGAAAAACCAGAAGGCCUUAUCAAUGAAGCUUCUAGACAAGUUGCUUUGGCAGAUAUCGUCAUCAUUAAUAAAACAGACUUGGUUUCAGAAGAGGAUUUAAGCAAAUUAAGAACAGCUAUUAGAUCAAUAAACGGACUGGGAAAAAUUUUAGAAACACAAAGAUCAAGAGUUGAUCUUUCUAAUGUAUUAGACCUUCAUGCCUUUGACAGUCUUUCUGGAAUAAGUUUGCAGAAAAAACUUCAGCAUGUGCCAACAACACAGCCUCACCUUGAUCAGAGCAUUAUUACGGUGACAUUUGAAGUACGAGGAAAUGCAAAGGAAGAAAGUCUGAAUGUAUUUAUUCAGAAUCUUCUGUGGGAGAAGAAUGUGAGGAACAAGGACGAUGACUGCAUGGAGGUCAUACGGCUAAAGGGGUUGGUGUCGAUCAAAGACAAACCAAAACAGGUGAUUGUCCAGGGUGUCCACGAACUCUACGAUCUGGAGGAGACACCACUGAGCUGGAACGAUGACACUGAGAGAACAAAUCGGCUGGUUUUUAUCGGCAGGAAUUUAGAUAAGGAGAUCCUCAGACAACUAUUUAUAGCUACUGUGAUGGAAACAGAAAAACGGUGGACAACACGUUUCAAAGAAGAUCAAGUUUGUCCAUAACAGUAAAAGCAUUUCUUACCAGAGGGACUGGACAAAUCGGGAGUAAGUUUCCUACUGGGUGUAUUUCAAGCAUCUGUUCUUUGCAUUACUUCUGUUGUGAAUUCCAGUGUACUUUAAAAUAGUGUUUAUUUUAUGGAACACAUAAAAUGUAGUAAAUAAAUACUUAAAACAUACAAUAAAAUACAAUGUCCUCUGAA